CAUUUGAAUCCAAAACGGUACUGUCAACCAUUUGUGUGUGCAUUAGUGUCACCCUGUCUCUCUUUGGCACCAGGGUGUAAUUUUGUGGGCGACUCAGCUGUUUCUUUUCCCUUCUUUUCCUUUUGUUCCAUUCUCCCUUCUCAUCACUAACACCAUCUCCUGUACGAUUAUCGUGUCUCCAUUUUCCUUACGGAACCUUUCACUGUCAUGGCGACUUCAAUGGACGUUGAGAAGCAGAACCAGGCCGGCCACGAGCAAAUAGAUGAUGACUCUGCCGGCACAUCUAGCGAUAGGAACAUUACCCCCCCUGAGAAUUUAGACGAUGCGCAAGUUCGCACCAUUCGCGAGGGAAAUGCCAUCCUACGAUUCCUCGUCAACGUUGAGAAGCGCAUAGAUGGGCGCACGAAAUUCGAAGCCAUGGGGGUGGAGCGCAUUCCCGACGACAAACGGAGUCCUCCCCAGAAACUCAAUAUGAUGCUGUUUUGGUUUUCCCUGCUCUGCAGCCCCGUUCUUAUCCAGAUCGGCAUGUUGGGACCCAUAUUUGGCCUCUCGGUCAACACAUCAAUCAUCCUCACUAUAUUUGCAACAGUGAUUGGAUCCACUAUCCCGGCGUUUACUGCCACGCUUUGUCCGCCCACGGGUUUGCGCCAAAUCGCAGUAGCUCGUUACUCUUUGGGUAUCUGGGGAGCUAAAUUGUGUAGUAUACUCAACAUCAUUGUUAACAUUGGCUAUGCGACUAUUUCCAGCAUCCUUGGAGGUGAAUUAUUGCGUGCAGUAUCUGGUGGCAGUCUUUCCCUUGCUGUCGGGAUAGUCAUCAUCGUCAUCAUUUCUUUCGUUGUCUCGUUUUUCGGCAUCGCUAUUAUCCACAACUAUGAGCGAUAUGCGUGGAUAUUUGCCGCGAUAUUAAUGUGCGUCCUAUACGGACAGGCAUCUAAACACUUUACCCCAACCCCCGGCUUUAACUUAGCCGUCGGACUGGACUACAGCGGGGGCUGUUUAUCCUACUUUGCCAUCAUCUUUGGAGUAUGCAGUUCAUGGUGCCCUAUUGUUGGCGAUUAUUAUGUCCAUUAUCCUGUUAACACCAGCAAAUGGCUGGUGUUCGGACUCACAUACUUUGGCCUACUGAUUCCAACUAUCUUUGUCGGGAUCUUGGGUAAUUGCUUUGGAGGCAUUAUUGCCGCAAACCACGAUCUCGCUGCCAUCUAUCACGAGAACGGUGUAGGCGCCCUUAUCCUCACAAUCAUGUCACCUCCAGAGGCAUGGGGAAAGUUUGCGUGCAUAGUUUUCGCCCUGUCGUUCUUGGGCAACGUCAUUGUCAACAUCUACUCCAGCGCUCUUUCGAUGCAACUGCUUGGGAAGCACUUUAUCGCUGUCCCUCGUUUCGUUUGGUGUACACUCCUGUCUGCCGCUACCUUCGCCCUUGCGUACGGUGGCCGUAACGUUCUUGAAGAUAUUAUUAACAAUCUUCUGUCCAUACUAGGUUAUUGGACCCUUGCAUUUGCCUUGAUAUUGUUCAUCGAGCAUUUCUGGUUUCGCCCACGUCUUGGGGGUUACGACUUGAGUGCUUGGCAGGACCAGAAGCGUAUGCCUUGGGGUCUCGCUGGAACGGGGUCCCUCCUCAUUGGAAUUGGAUUUUCUUUCCUGGGGAUGGCUCAGACCUGGUACAUCGCUCCAGUUGCGAAGAAGAUUGGCCUAUAUGGCGGAGACGUAGGCGAUGAGCUUACAUUGAUCUCCGUGCUAAUAUCCUACCCUCUUCUGAGAACAGUUGAGAUUAAGUACAUCGGCCGAUGAGCGUAUUUCAUUGGCAUUGCUUUGUAGCGAUGGACGUUCUAAACAAGAUUUCCUUUGCGAUGUAAAAGGCGUGGCGAUAGACGUCUGGUGAACGGUAGAGCGGAAAUGAGUUUCAUAUUGAGCGAGCUAGCCCAUCCUGUGAUUGCUGGAAGUUAUUUGGGAGGCAGUUUUGCCAACAUUCGGGUCGAUUGGCGCCAAUUUCAUUCGCCUGGUAAUAAAACAUCAUGUGUUAUGCUGCCGUUCAAAAGUCUAUCAGGUUAAAUGGCUGAUAUCGAUCCUCAGCUAAGAUCAGGCAAGGAUCAUAAUACAUAUUACACAGUAUGCACAGAGGACACCGCCUAAACCUAUAGCACACUUGUCUUUAAGACCUGUGCCUCUUCCCGUAUGGCCAUUUUUACUCCUUUGAUAGCCCAGCUUAAUGGUCUACACCUUGACCCUCAAAGCACAGCCGACUAGCGUUAUCCGCGCGAGAAUCAGAAACAGAACACAGGCUACCAUCAUUACACCCGCAAAGACCUGCAGUCCCCAAAAGGCCCCGUGUUGCUGACUGAGGAUUGCCCCGGCAAUAGGACUUCCUGUUAGUGUCGCGACGCUGAUACACGUGAAGAGGACCCCCUGCCGCACACCGAUCUUCGUUAUGUCGGGAGAGAUCUGGCCUAGUAGCGCCGGCACCAUCCCUACAAAUGCUCCCGACGCAAAGCCGUAUAGUAGACUGGUGACGACGUACACGGCUGCGGAGCGGGGAGCAACCAGAGUUCCAGGGAGCCACAUGACAAGCAAUAUUAGUGCUGAAAAGGCGCACAUGGCAAUCAUAACGUUAAAUCGACCAAGCUUGUCUCCGUAGUAUCCUGGUAGGAUACGGCCUGGCAAACUGUCCAACAGGUCAGCGUUGAACGGAUUGUAAAAUCAGAACGAGUAGAUCAUACCUUCCGGCGUUUAGAAUUGCAAGUAAGUAGCCCGACAAGUUGGCGUCUAUACCAUUCUUCACUGCCUCAAGCACGAUGUAGUUGAUUGGAAUAAACAUGGCAAAGAAUCCACAGGUUACUGACAACAUGAGUAGUAC